AUGACCAAGGUGUUCACCUCGUUCCACAACGAGGACUUGGUGUGGGUCCUUAACUUUGGAAAGGAGCCCGAGCCCGAGGUCAAGAAGAGCCGGUUUGGAGGUGGGGCGUCAAGUUCCAAGGACAAGAAGGAGCACAAGCCGCCCGAGCCGCCGAAGCUCGCGGCCAAGGUCAAGGGCACACCGUCGGAUAAUCCCGACUACAACAACCAGCCCAAGGCGCUCAAGGUGACACAGACCGACGACCUACUGGUGCAAAUCAUGGCGCAGUCGAACCGAGAGGGCCGGCAAAACAUGGUCGAGCUGGAAGACUUGCAGGUGGGUGAGCUGAUGUACAACCUGCGGAUGCGGUACAAGGCCAAGCCGAUGCUGUACUACACGUACGUGGGUGAGAUUCUUGUGGUGGCAAACCCGCUGCAGGACAUGGGGCUGAUCAACCAGGAGACGAUGGAAAAGUACAAGGGCCGCCCGUUUGCGGAUCCGGAGCUCCCGCCGCACAUCUACGCCACGGGCGACGAGGUCUACCGUAAGAUGUGUUCGCCGGAGCCUGGCCGGCCGAUCAACCAGUCGAUUGUGAUUUCGGGCGAGUCUGGGGCCGGCAAGAGUGAGUCGACCAAGCACGUGCUGCAGUACAUUGCGUUUGUGGCGGAGAAGGGCACGCAGGAGCUCGACGUCAACUCGAAGAUCCUGGCGACAUCCGAGGUGCUGGAGGCGUUUGGCAACGCCAAGACGACGCGGAACGACAACUCGUCGCGGUUUGGCAAGUUUGUGGAGAUCCAGUUCAAUCAGCAGAACGUCAUUGUGGGCGCGCGAAUCAACCAGUACCUGCUGGAAAAGUCGCGGAUUGUGCUGCAGGAGCUCGACGAGCGCAACUACCACAUCUUCUACAUGAUGUUUGAGAACUUCUCGCCGGCCGAGCUGGCGGCCCUGCACCUGACGACGUACGACCAGUACCGGUACCUUGUGGGCCGCGACCGGUGCAACGUCAACACGUGCUUUGUGGACCACCACGGCGAGCCGAUGCACGACGACAAGCGGUAUGCAACGUUUGUGGAGAACAUGGACACGCUCGGGCUUGGGCCCGAGUUCCGGCAGCAGCUCUAUCGGAUCCUCGCAGCCAUCCUCAUUCUGGGCCAGAUCAAGUUUUCAGCGACCGAGGAAGGCCAGACGUGCAACAUCGACACGCCGCAGGAGGUCGGGUGGGUGGCCGAGCUGCUCGGCGUCUCACAGCAGGGCCUCUCGGACGCGCUGCUCUUCUUCCACAUCACGGAGACGACGAUCAAGAACCUGACCGAGCAACAGGCGUACGACAACGCCGACGCACUGGCCAAGCAGAUGUACGGCCGGCUUUUUGAGCUCUUGGUGGAGGAGCACAUCAAUACGGUGAUUUCGGCGCCUGGCGGGGCAGGGGCCAAGUGGAUCGGCGUUCUUGACAUUUUUGGCUUUGAGUCGUUUGAGAAGAAGCAGCCGGACCACAGCGUGCUGACCAACAACAAGUUUGAGCAGCUUUGCAUCAACCUGACCAACGAGCAGCUGCAGCACUUUUUCUACGAGAACCAGAUUCCUAAGCAGCAGGAGCUCUACCGGUCGCAAGGCCUCCACGUCGACGACAUCGAGUACGCUGACAACUCGGCGUGCGUCCAGCUCAUCAAGGGUCCCAUCGACAAGAGCGACAAGAAGGCGGCCAAGGCCAAGAACAUUUCUCCAUUCUCAACGGCGUGA